AAGCGCACAAAAUAUCGGCAGCAUUGAAUUGGUAAAAAGAAAUUAAGACAAUUUAAACAUAUUAACACGUACUCGAAGCAAUAAAUUGUGUCAAAAAAUUCGACGCUCCCAAGCGAAUACUAAAAUAAAACAAAAAAAAAAAAAUAUGCGAAAGAAAGUUAACAACAUCAAGAGCAUAAUAACAAUAUCAGUGACGAACCCUUUUGAAUUUUGAGUAAUUAGCUCUCGAAAAUACGACAAAUCAAAAUAUUGCGUUAAGUUUGAUGUGUUAAAUUGGGGACAUUAAGUUGAAGAAAAUGUUAUCUUUUUGGUUAGUUGUAUGAAACAAAAAAAAAAAACAAUCGUUAACAAUAAAACAAAAACAUAGAGAAUAUUUUUCAAACAAAUCAAGUAUACGCCACGAUGUUCAAUGGCAAGACAGCAGUGCCGCCUGAGAAAAAUGGCGCGCUGAACGACCGUCCAUUAUUUAUGCAAAAUGGUAACAACCGACGCAUUUCCGGUGUCAUCGAUGUGGAAGUGAGCAACUUUCGACGGGCCCUGCCACAGUUUCUAGCUGUUAGUAUUAAGAACAUAUUGCUAUUCGGUUAUGGCAUGACUUUGGGCUUCCCCACAAUUGUAAUACCCGCCAUACAGGGCGGCGAAGGACGCAGCGAUUCUCACAAUGGCGAAAUAGUGCUUAACAAAGACGAAAUAUCAUGGUUCAGUUCGAUUAAUUUAAUCUGCGUACCGCUGGGUUGCCUCUUCUCGGGCCUACUAACUCAACCGCUGGGCAAGCGUCGAGCUAUGCAGUUUGUCAACCUGCCCAUACUGGCUGCAUGGCUAAUGUUUCACUUUUCAACGCGCACGGAGCAUCUGUAUGCAGCUUUAUGCUUGGCUGGUCUUGGCGGCGGUUUGAUGGAGGCACCAGUGCUCACAUAUGUGGCUGAGAUCACAGAACCAAAGUAUCGGGGCAUCUUGUCAGCACUUGGAACCACGUGUGUGAUCACAGGCGUUUUUGUGCAGUUCAUACUUGGCUCUCUGAUGGAUUGGAGGAGUGUGGCAGCUGUGAGUGCAGCCUUUCCGGUGUUAACUAUUGUGAUGCUGUGCUUUGUGCCCGAGAGUCCCAUUUGGCUGAUACGGGAGCAUCGUUUCCACGAGGCGGUUAAAUCACUGCAAUGGUUACGUGGUUGGGUCCCGGAGCACAUGAUUGAAGCGGAGUUCAAUCAGCUGUACGAUGAGCUCAUCACACAAAAGGCCAUCGAGGAGGCUUCCGAUGGAGGAGCAACGUCACCAAGUCUGUGCAGCAGGCUUAAGAGGCGUCUGCGCAUGUGGCGUAAGCGCACAUUUUUGGCACCAUUCCUGCUGGUCUCCUUCACCUUCUUUACGGGUCACUUUUCCGGUAAGACGCCGCUGCAAACGUACGCCGUACAGAUCUUUCAUACGCUGAAGGCUCCCAUGAAUAAAUACCAUGCCACCAUACUGCUUGGAGUGGCAGAGAUGAUAUCCACUAUACUGGGUGUAAUCCUGAUACAUUUUACGGGCAAGCGGCCAUUGGUUCUGGUAUCCACAGUGGGCACAGGACUUUGCUUCCUCGGCACAGCGACAUAUGCCCAUUUUCUUAACGAAGUGCCUGGUUUUGGGGUUAACAAUGUGGUGAUCAAUGCCUCGGCGAUUGUUCCCAAGGAGAGCAUCAUAUCGCAGGCAAACAUAUCAAAAAUAUUCGAGAAUCAACGCCAGGAUGAGCAGCAACAGAAGCAACAACAGUUGACGACCAUGUGGCCAGAGCUGGAGUUGGAGUUGGACACAACAGAGUCAUGGAAUCGUAGCAAACGUGAGCUGGACACCACCUUACAGCCAAUAGAGGAACAGGAACUGGAGAUCACAACGUUGCUGCCAGUUCCGGCUGCAAUUCCAGCAUCAACAGUUCGUAGCGAACUGAUGCCCUCGAAGCCGCCAAUAGUGGAGGAUCUGCUGCUGACAGUUCCCAAGCAGGAGACCAACUAUUUAGUCUGGGUGCCUCUGAUACUCUUGCUGCUGUCAGCCUUCUUCUCGCAUCUGGGCAUACGCAUGAUACCCUGGGUACUCAUUGGCGAGGUCUUUCCCGCUGACAUACGCAGCAGCGCUUCAGGAUUUUCCGGUGGCGUUGGUUAUGUCUUUGGCUUUUUGGCCAAUAAACUUUUCCUUUUCAUGCUGACGACAUUGACGUUGCCGGGCACAUUUGCUUUCUAUGCCACCGUCGCCUUCAUUGGCACCAUUGUCCUCUACUUUACUCUCCCCGAGACCGAGGGUCGCACACUGGGCGAAAUCGAGGCACAUUUCUCAAAGAAAUCGGACAUGAAUCUACUGCGCAAGCAGCCAUCACCAAAAGAAAUCGAAAAGCAACAGCAACCGAAUCAGUCCAAUGCUAUACACCUGGAUAACCUACAGAACCUCCAUGUGCCGAUCAGCUCGCAACAGCAAUCAAAGAUAAUCCAUCUGCAGCAAAGCGACUUUGCGCCUCAAACAAACCGUUCUCUCAGCGGUACCGCCAAUCUCGCCUUCGAGGAAAGCAGUAAUACUACGCAUCUAUAAUUAGAGUACUUUAGACACAUUUGUAAUUUGCAACUUUCACCCUUUCACUUAACUACUUGACAAUCCAGUGAUAUUUAUAAGCAACAAAGCAAUACAAUACCAAAAAAUUUAAUUUGAA